CCCCGCCAUGCCCGCGCGCCGCCGCCAUGAGCUCGGUGUCGCCCGCCUCGGGGCGGCGGGCGGGCGGCGGCCGCGGGCCCCCCCCCGCCGAGCCCGACGAGGGGGCGCGGGUCAAAGGGCGCUUCCUGUCGGCCUGGAACAACGUCAGAUACGGCUGGGCGGUGAGGCCCAGGACGCACUUCAGCAAGCUCUCGCCGCUGCACCUGCUGGGCCGCGUCUACUGCCUCGCCGCCGAGGAGGACGCGGAGCGCUUCCAGAGGGACUUCGUCUCCCGGCUGUGGCUGACGUACCGGCGGGAGUUCCCGGCGCUGGCGGGCACGCCCUGGACCACCGACUGCGGCUGGGGCUGCAUGCUGCGCAGCGGGCAGAUGCUGCUGGCGCAGGGGCUGCUGCUGCACCUGCUGGGACGAGACUGGAGCUGGCGCGACGCCCCGGAGCCGGAGCGCCCGGCCUCUCCCUCGCCGGCCCGCGGCGGCCGUAGCCCGCGGGAGCGCCGGGCGGAGCAGCGGCACCGCGCCGUCGUCGCCGGCUUCGCCGACCACCCCCGGGCGCCCUUCGGCAUCCACCGGCUCGUGGAGCUGGGGCGCGGCUCGGGCAAGAGGGCCGGCGACUGGUACGGCCCCGCCAUCGUCGCCCACAUCCUCAGGAGGGCCGUGGAGAGCUGCCCCGAAGCCAGCGGCCUCUCGGUCUACGUCUCUCAGGACUGCACAGUGUACAAGGGCGACGUGGCCAGGCUGGUGCAGGGCGGUGCCGAGCGGGGCGCCACGGAGCCCGGCGGGCCGCGACGGGCCGUCAUCGUCCUGGUGCCGGUGCGGCUGGGCGGCGAGACCCUCAACCCCGUCUACGUCGACUGCGUGAAGGAGCUGCUCAAGCUCAAGUCCUGCGUGGGGAUCAUCGGCGGGAAGCCCCGGCACUCCCUCUACUUCGUCGGCUUUCAAGACGAUUUCCUGCUCUACCUGGACCCGCACUACUGCCAGCCGGCCGUGGACACCUCGCGGGAGAACUUCCCCUUGCAGUCCUUCCACUGCAGCUCCCCGCGGAAAAUGGCCUUCGGCAAGAUGGACCCCAGCUGCACCAUCGGCUUCUACGCCUGCGGCGCGCAGGAGCUGGAGGAGCUGUGCACGGAGCUGAGCCGCGUCCUGCGCUCCCCCGCGGCCGGGGACAAGUACCCGGUGUUCAGCGUGGCGGAGGGCCACGCGCAGGACCACGGCCUGGACGAGCUCUGCUCGCGCCUCUCGCAGCAGACGGUGCAGCCGCCGCGCAGGCGCCCCAGGGGCAGGAAGCCCAGCGCCGACGACUUCGUCUUCCUCUGAGGGCGGCGGGGACGCGGUCGAGCCGCUGCGGCGGGAGCCGCUUCGUACACUGGAUAAACGCGGCGCCGUGGGGCACAGCCGCGGCGCCAUGGAGGUGCUGAUGCCUCCGGGGGGGCCGGCCCGGAGCCCCCCCCACACACACACCCCCCUCAGGUCUGUUGGUUCACUACUGCACCCGGCCGGCCCCACGGCGCCGGGAGAGCUGGGAACGGAGCUCAGGGCUGACGUUUUCCAGUUCCCAGCGGCCUUUGGCCGGAGGGGGAGGACAAGCCGGCCCCCCCGUUCCUCCCCCCGACCCCCCAGCCCCGGGGGCUGCAUCCACUGCGUCACUUUGGGCCGUCACAAGCUGCUCGCGGUGAGGGUCUGGGGUUAUUUAUUGCCUGUGGCUCCGCUCAGGAUCCCCCCCUCUUCCGCCUGUCCGUGUCCUCGGGAAUAAAGGUCUACUUGAA